AUGUCCGCAAUAUUAAAGCAACGUGUGAGAUAUGCGCCUUACUUGAAAAAAUUAAGGAAAGCCGAAGAGUGUAUCGACCUUUUCAAACACGGCCAAUACCUUGGUUGGUCAGGUUUCACUGGUGUUGGAGCUCCGAAAGUCAUCCCAGCGGCUCUUGUCGAUCACGUCGAAAAGAAUAGCUUGCAAGGUAAACUAGCCUUCAAUCUUUUUGUUGGUGCUUCUGCUGGGCCUGAAGAGUCGAGAUGGGCUGAUAAUUCUAUGAUCUUGCGUAGAUCCCCUCAUCAAGUGGGAAAGCCAAUUGCACAGGCUAUCAAUGAUGGACGGACGAAGUUUUUUGACAAGCAUUUAUCCAUGUUCCCCCAGGAUUUGACGUAUGGGUUUUAUACGAAGGAAAAGAGCAACGACCUACUCGAUUACACCAUUAUUGAAGCAACUGCCAUUAAAGAAGACGGCUCAAUUGUUCCUGGACCUGCUGUGGGGGCAUCUCCAGAAAUGUUGUCUGUUUCUGACAAGAUCAUUAUAGAAGUCAACACCAAAACUCCGUCCUUCGAAGGCAUUCACGAUAUAGACUUGCCGGUGAACCCUCCCUUCAGAACUCCUUACCCGCAUGUAACGGCAGAUUACAGAGUUGGAAGAACCUCAAUACCUAUUGACCCAUCCAAAGUUGCUGCCAUAGUUGAAUCUGAAACACGCGAUAAAGUUCCACCUAACACGCCUUCUGAUGCUUCUUCACAACAGAUUGGUUCGCAUCUCAUAGAAUUCUUUGAACACGAAGUGAAGAUGGGAAGACUUCCAAAGAAUUUGUUACCAUUACAAUCUGGUAUUGGCAACAUUGCCAAUGCCGUGGUUGAAGGUUUGGCAGAAUCGGAGUUCAAGAAUCUUACCGUGUGGACAGAAGUGUUACAGGAUUCGUUCUUAGACUUUUUUGCUUCAGGGAGUUUGGACUUCGCAACUGCAACUUCAAUUCGCUUAACUGAGGCCGGUUUUGAUAGGUUUGACAAGCACUGGGAAGAAUUUUCUAGAAAACUCUGCCUAAGGUCCCAGGUGGUAUCUAAUUCACCCGAAAUUAUCAGAAGGCUCGGAGUUAUUGCUAUGAAUACUCCCGUCGAAGUGGACAUGUAUGCGCAUGCUAAUUCUACAAAUGUGAUGGGAUCUCGGAUGCUCAAUGGGCUCGGUGGGUCGGCCGACUUUUUAAGAAAUGCUAAGCUUUCCAUUAUGCAUACACCAUCUGCAAGACCAUCGAAGGUUGACCCUACAGGCGUCUCUUGCAUAGUUCCAUUUGCAACCCAUGUCGAUCAAACCGAGCAUGAUCUCGAUGUGAUCGUGACUGAACAAGGUCUCGCAGAUCUCAGAGGUAUGUGUCCAAGAGAAAGAGCUGUAGAGAUCAUCGAAAAGUGCGCUCACCCAGAUUACAGAGAUCAACUCAGGGAUUACUUCGAUCGGGCAUGCCACUAUGCUAAGAGGUCAAAGUGCAUGCAUGAGCCUCAUAUGUUGCAAAAUGCUUUUAAGAUGCACUUAAACUUGCAAAACAAUGCAUCUCGCAUAAAUUUUGAUCCAUAUAAAGUUCUUGGGGUUGAUAAGGGUGCGAGCUCAUCCGACAUCAAGAAGGCCUACUAUCAGCUCGUCAAAAAGUUUCAUCCAGAUGUGAAUAAAGAGAAGGAUUCAGAGAAACGUUUUCACAAAAUUCAAGAAUCAUACGAACUUCUUAGUGAUAAAGAUAAGCGAUCUCAGUACGACCAAUAUGGCGCUGCCGGAUUUGAUGGAAACGGGAAUGCAAAUCCAUUUGGAGGAAACCCGUUUUCUUCUCACUCGGGUAACCCUUUUGGAGGAGCUCAGGGGAAUCCUUUUGGGGGCAUGGGAUUUGAUUUUGAAGAUCUUUUCAAACAAGCUUUUACAGGAGGUGGCAACAGUCGCAAGUCAGGCGGGGCUGGACAAAGCCCGUUCGUUACUAGACAUGUGGGGGAUAAUAUUGAAGUUCUCAAAACAAUCUCCUUUCGGGAUGCUGUAUUUGGUACGAAGAUAGAUUUGAAUUACAAAGCUGUGGAUUCAUGUGGCACAUGCUCUGGUUCUGGGCUUAAAAAAGGAAAGAAGAAAUCUACCUGUCCAAGCUGCCAUGGUACUGGUCAGAACACACAUGUCAUCGGAGGCUUUCAUAUGGCAUCCACAUGCUCGACAUGUGCUGGCUCUGGUGUUGUCAUAAACAAAGCGGACGAAUGCUCCAGUUGUCAUGGAACAGGUGUGAAUGAGGUUCCAAAAGCAAGGUCAGUAGAGUUGCCAUGUGGAAUAUCAGACGGAACACGAUUAAGAAUUCCGGGUGGGGGUGAUGCUCCGUUCACUCCAAAGGACCCAUAUAAUCAGACAGUUCAUGGGGACCUUAUCGUUCGUGUCCAUGUAAAGAAGGAUCCUCUUUUCACGAGAGAGGAUAGCCGUAUUAUUAUCAACCACGACAUCCCAAUGACUACUGCUGCAUUGGGAGGAGAAAUCAUCGUUCCUACGAUUGAUGGAGAAAGGAUUAAAUUAAAGGUUAGACCAGGAGUACAAUCAGGAAGGAAACUUACUGUCCCUCAUAAAGGAAUUCCAAUCAACAGAAACAUUGAUAACAGAGGCGACAUGAUCAUUUCCCUCAAUGUCAAGACGCCUAUACCAAAAACCGCUUUACAAACUGCUUUGCUCGAGGCUUUGGCGGACUCCUUCAAUGAACAGACAGCUAAAAAGUCGGAGGCACCGAAGGAAGAGAGCGAGGGAAUGGGAAAUUCUGCUAAGGAUGAGGAUCAUCAUCCCACGAAGCUCGAAAGUAUCAAGAACAUCCUUGGGAAAUUCUUUAAGUUUAAAGAUGAAAAAAGCUAG